AUGUCUCAAAACUCCCCACUACUGGACGACAUUGUAGCACACGUCUUCCUGGGAGAGAAGGUGGCCAAGCGCCUGGCACCCAUAGCGCGGUUCAUCCCGCUUCUAGGGGCGCACAUGCUGGUGCGAGAGCGGAUAGAAGAGGUGAACGCAUGUCUGGAAGAGUUGUUUCAAGCCGCAGAGGCAUGUGUGCCUGUGGAGCAGUGGGUGCAGCGUCGCAGCAAUGUGUACCUGCCUGAAUCGGCGCGGGAGCGGCAUGGGAAGGCCGAGGAGAGGAAGCUUGUGACGCGAUUUAGCCAUGGUGCUGCUCUCUCUCCUUAA